AUGGUUUGGCUGCUCCUCAACGUCGCGGAGACAUUCGUGAGGACAUCUGAGGAGUUAGAUUGGCUGCAUUGCAUCGUGUCAGGUCUCAACUUUCACUGCGCUCGCAGUUGGGUCCAUGCGCCUCACGGCCCUCCAAGCGCCACUCAGCGCAAGGCCUUCAAUAAUCUUCUCUAUGAGGUCAGAGUCUUUCGUGAGCAGUGCGCUGGCCUGAUCCCUGACAUCGAUUGGGACACCGACCUUUCUUCCGCCGCCACUUCCUACGACGGCGAGGAGGUGUUCCCUGCCGAGCCCCUGGACCGUGAUCGUUUACUCGAAGCCCUGCCUCCUCGAGAGGCGUGCGCUGCCGUGAGGGCCGUCGAUGUGACAGAGGGCUGGAUCAGAGCUGCCCUCUCCGAUCCAGGUCUGAUCCUGAAGGACGAGUCGGGGCUUGGCAGCUUGCCCCCCACUCCGAAGGUCUGGGCCUCGAACGAGGAAUGGGAGCUUAUCGCUGGCGACCUACUCGAGAGGGGGAUUAUCAAGACGAUCGGGUACGAGGACAUCGUGGAAGUUCAAGGGCGCAAGGUGAUGGGGGGCAUGUUCGGCGUGAAGAAGGGAUCCCACUUGAAGGGCGAGGGGCCCCAACGGCUGGUGAUGAACAUCAUCCCCUCCAAUUUCAUCCAGAACACUAUCGAGGGCGACAUGCCGAUGCUGCCCCACAGCGAUAAGUGGAAGAGCGUGAUCCUCAGGUCUGGGGAGGUGAUGCUCUGGAGCGCGGAGGAUCUGAAGUGCUACUUCUACGUAUACAGCCUCAGCGAUGUGUGGCUGAAAUACAUGGCCAUCUCAAAGCCCGCGAGGAGGUGCGCCGCUGGGCUUCCAGGCAAGGGCAUGAUAUACCUAGCCGCCGCCGUCGUGCCCAUGGGAUGGAUAUCGGCCACAGGGGUGAUUCAGCACAUUCACCGUCGUCUUCUUCGAGCCCGACAUCCUGAGCUACGUCAACUCUCAGCGUCGGAGGAGCUGCGCAAGGACGCUCCUAUUCCUCCUGCUCGCCGAGGUGGCUUUCACAACUCAGGAGUGGCUCCCGUCCGCGGCGAGGUCGGCCGCACUUAUGAUGACGACAAGCGGAUGAUCUACAUCGGGCGCGGCUCCAGCUCACUGCAGCUUGCCCCAUCGAAGUGGGGCAACCCGUUCCGCAUUCGGGAUGGUCUGGACAGGAGGCAGGAGCACCAGGCCUGCCACGGCGAUGUUCUGAUCGCGAAGUGGUUGGAGCGCUUCAACACGCCAGCCCUCUGGAGGGCCUGGCAGGUGUACAUCGACAACUUGGAUGCGCUGGAAAUCACCGGCUGGUGGCACGCCAAGUCCCUGCAGGAGGAGGGGAUCAGCGAGGCGGUCGACAUGGCCCGUCGGAGGUAUGAGCACUUCAACGUGCCAAGAAGCGAGAACAAGGCCGUCAUCCGCGAGACCACGACGCAGUCCCUCGGGGAGGCGAUCGAUGGGGAUCGUGGCACCAUCGGGCCGCCCGCAGAGUUCGUGCGACGGCUGAUCUCCCUCACCCUGGCGACUCUGCAAAGGCCCACAGUGACUCAGAAGUGGAUGCAGAUCCUGGCGGGCCGCUGGUUCGGUGCCUCUUGUUCAGGCGCGAGCGGGCUGGUGACGGUCUCGGAUGCCAGCAUGCAGCGUGGAGCCGUGUGUCGAGCUGUUCGCAUUCGGCCUGAUGGAGUGGCCGCUGCGAGAGCGGCCAGCCGAAGGCUGGUGACUGACUUCCGCGACGAGGUGGUGCUCCUGUCCUUGUUCGACGGCAUUGGUGGGGCUCGCCGCGCCCUGGACCUGAUGGGGCUCACUCCCGCGCUGUUCGUGUCCGCCGAGAUCGACGCCGAGGCGAAGCGAGUGACCAAGUAUGCGUGGCCGGACGUGCUGGAAGUCGGCGACGUCUGCUCCUUUGGGUUCGCCGAGGCGGUGGCCAUCCGUGAACGAGUUCCGCAUAUGAAGUGGAUAUUAGUGGUGGCCGGUAGCCCUUGCAGCGACCUGGCCCGCAUCAAUGUUGAGCGUACUGGUCUUCAAGGGAGACGCUCACGUCUAUUCUACGAGAUAAACCGCAUUGUGUCUCUGCUGCGCGAGGCGCUGGGUGAUUUCUGCACGGUGUUGCCCCUGGUUGAGAACGUGGCCCCAAUGGACUCGGAACCGCGACAGUUGAUGUCACAUUCCCUGGGAUGCGAACCUGUGUGCAUCUCAGCGGGUGAUGUCACACACUGCCAGCGUGACCGUUUGCAUUGGAUCAAGGAGGAGCUGUUGACGCCGUGGCAGGGCGAGACGUAUGUCAUGGACUCGGUAAAGCACGUCGUGAUCCCUGACGGGCCUGGUCCAGUUGAACGCUGGCUGGCCGCUGGGCUUCAGUGGCAGGGUGACAUCCAGAAGGACUUCCGCCUAUUCAACUACUGCUACGCGCCCUACCAGUUCCAGGACGUCAACUGCAUCGAGGAGCCUGACGGCAGCCGAAGGCCCCCCUCGAGUGUCGAGAGAGAGCUGCUGCUCGACUUCCUUCCAGGGCACACGAUCACGGCACGGGUGACUAGAGCGCGCAAGCUCGAGAAAGCUGAUCUGGAAUGUUGCCGGUGCGCUCUGCUUGGGAACAGCUUUCAAUGUGUGGUUGUCGCUUGGGUGCUGGCCCACUGGGCUCAGAGAGCAGGCUACCUGACUGAGAUCCCCUCCGCCAGGCAGAUGCGUGAGACUGGAGGUGGCGCCACCGUCGCCGAUGCCACAGUCAGCAUGGACCAGAUAGAUUGCGACGACGGUGUCUUGGUGCGCCAGCACGAUCUCGAGAGCGAGGAUGCCGCGCUGGACCCCAGCAUCAUCAUCGUGGAGGAGCUGGCCCGCCGUGCAGAGGCCAGAGGCAGCGAUAUCAGGCUUGACACGUUCGAGGCGAUGCGGCCUGAUCUGUGGCCCAGGCGACCAGUCAGUGUGGCGCGCUGGUCGUGGAAGGCCACCGCCAUCUGGGACUGGAAGCACCCGUCGCACAUCACGGACCUUGAGGUCGAGUUCAACACAGAGUCAGAGCAGCUCAGGAUCAGGCUACGCGUCGUCAACCUCGGGCCGUGGUGGGUCGCCUAUCACACAAUUUGGUGCAGCCACGGUGCCGACCACAUCGAUCAACUGGAUCUUCUGGUGGCCGACUGGAUCAAGUGGCUCUGGACUGAAGGGCAUCCUCAAGGCUUGGCAGGUAACACUCUUUCAGCCGUUCAGUUCUUCUUGCGCAAAAAGCGCAUCCUGCCAGCGUCGUGGAGGCUACUUCGUGCUUGGCAGAGAUUAGAGCUGCCGCAACGCGUGCUUCCGAUGCCUGACGUCGUGUUGACGGCGCUGGCUGCCACCGCGCGUGGCUGGGGCCGCAACGACGUCGCGGCGCUGCUGGUCUUCGGCUUCGCGGCCUUCCUGAGGACCACCGAGAUGCUGACCUUGCGGCGCUGGCAGGUGGGCAUCGACGAG